AUGGAUGAGAUUGACAACUACCACAAUAGUAGUGACGAAGAUAGUGUUGAUGUUGAGUCUAGUGAAACUGGAGAUAGUGUAGAUGGGGACAUUAGUAGAGAUACCCUUAGUGGAGAUGAGGUUGAUCCCCUAUCCUUGUCAAUUUGUGAAAAAGAUAUCUCUGAUAAGUCAUUAUGCACCCAUUCCUUGAAACAAAAUUACAUGACAGUACUCAAUCCAUGUAUGGAUAAAGCUAAGGACACGGUCCAUGAUGCUUUGAAGGCUGAUUUAAAAGGUGUGAUCGUUCUCACUUCAACAGUAGCGGUGGAGGAUCAAUAUUUGGAUGGUCUCACUCCAAUCCAAGUUUGUGAGAAUUCUGUUUCGAGUAAAAAGAAAAAUGUGUUGAGUAUUUCUAUUGAUGAAAAUCUGUGCAAGCGUGUUGUAUCCCUCGAGCAACCAAUGAUGGAAGUUGUUGCUUAUAUACAAGAUGAAAAAUUAAGGAUAAUUGAAAAGAAUAAGAUGAAGCAAGAAAUUAAAAAAGAGUUUGAAGCUACAGUUGAUGAAUACAUUGAAGCAUCAGUUGAGUUGGAAAAAAAGAAGAAAGAAGAAGAAAAGGCGAAGGAGAAGACAAUUGUUGAAGUCGAAAAAAAGAAGAAAGAAGAAAAAAAAGAGGUGGAGAAGGCAGUUGAUAAGUUUAUAGAAGACGAGAAUGAAGAAGAAAAAGAGAAUGACAAUGUAGUUGAUAAAGAACAAGAGAAGGAGAAGGCAACAGUUGAUAAAGAAAAAGAGAAGGAGAAGGCAACAGUUGAUGAAUUGAUGAAGUAG